AUGAGAAAUGUGGAGGAUGUAGAAAGAUGUGGAGGAGAUAAUAAAGCCAUUCUUACUGAUUGGGUCACAGAUUGCUUUCUAGAGAAGAGAUUGGAUUUAUUAGUUGAAAAUGAUGAGGAAGCUUUGAAUGAUAGGGAGAACCUGGAAAAGUUUGUAAUGAUCUCUAUUUGGUGCAUUCAAGAAGACUCUUCUCUGAGGCCAACCAUGAGAAAGGUUAGUCAAAUGCUGGAAGGUGUUGUUCAAGUUCCUGUUCCUCCAAAUCCAAAUCCUUUUACCAGCGCUGUUAGUUCUGUUUCUUGCCCGAAAUCCCUAGCCCCAGCCCCCACAUUUCAGCCUAUCAGGAUUUAUAGAGGUGAUAAAUCAUGA